AGCUCCGCCGCCAGAGAAACCCGAGCCCGGAUCCCCGCGCUGGUUCCUCUGCGCUGCGUCGGCCGCCGGCUUCCACCUGGCUGGGAACAUGGAAGUACAUUUGCCCUUGCCGGCAGGUGCGGUGGCUACCUGGGACCCCAUCAGAGUUCAUUUGUCUGUCUUUCUGCUUCUGGGCUCACUGAAGAGCUUCUAAGUCCCGGUCUCUCUUGCAACUUCUGUUUUAAGGAUCUUUUUUAGAGGUUUUGGGUUUUUUUGUUUUUUUGUUUUUCCUGGAGAAGCUUUGGCUAAGUAUUUUUCUCUGCUUUGCUUCUUCAACCCAACCACCUCUCGUCACAGUUUAACUUUUUUUGUGACUUGUUUUAACUUGAGAUUGAGAGUGAAUAUAUAAUACAUAUGUAUGUACAUUUAUAUAAAUAUAUGUAUAAUUAUUUUCUAAGAGCACAUCUCUCUGGCACUUCUCAUUGUUACCUCUGUCCUUUACCUAUUUGGGAUUUGACAAGACGUAGACAGUGUGGCUGUGGAUUCUGGUUGCUUUGCAAAUGGGUGUUCCUUCACGAAAACUGGGUGUCCAGCUCCCACUAAGACGGACCUGUGACUAACUGGGGACUUGGCCUGCUUUGCCUUCUGAGCCUGGUGGAAGAUCUGAUACAGAUGAGUUGACUAUAUUCCGUGAAGUAAUAGCUCACCACCGGUCAGGAGUUAAACUACUUUUUCAGUAUCAUUUCACCUGUGGACUCUUCUAAAUUUUGCUUUCUUGGGGGAGAAAAAAAAAAACGUCGGGUAAGAGGAAGUCGUUUUUACAACUUAGGAUCCUUUUCUCUCUCUUACAAGUCGAUACAAAGGAUAAGGUUGUAACUCCAUUGGAUUGAACCUUUGAAUCAAAAUUGGAGAAGAAAAAGAAGAAAGGGACGAUGGCUUUGAGUGGAAACUGUAGUCGUUAUUAUCCUCGAGAACAAGGGGCUGCAGUUCCCAACUCCUUCCCUGAGGUCGUGGAGCUGAAUGUUGGGGGUCAAGUUUAUUUCACUCGCCAUUCCACGUUAAUAAGCAUCCCUCAUUCCCUUCUGUGGAAAAUGUUUUCCCCAAAGAGAGACACAGCUAACGAUCUAGCCAAGGACUCCAAGGGAAGGUUUUUCAUUGACAGAGAUGGGUUCCUGUUUCGUUACAUUCUGGACUAUCUCAGGGACAGGCAGGUGGUCCUACCUGAUCACUUUCCAGAAAGGGGAAGACUAAAAAGGGAAGCUGAGUACUUCCUGCUCCCAGACUUGGUCAAACUCCUGACCCCUGAUGAAAUCAAGCAAAGCCCAGAUGAGUUUUACCAUAGUGACUUUGAGGAUGCCUCCCAAGGAAGCGACCCGAGAAUCUGCCCCCCUUCCUCACUGCUCCCUGCUGACCGCAAGUGGGGUUUCAUUACUGUGGGUUACAGGGGAUCAUGCACCACGGGCAGGGAGGGCCAGGCAGAUGCCAAGUUUCGCAGAGUUCCCCGGAUUUUGGUUUGUGGAAGGAUUUCCUUGGCAAAGGAAGUCUUUGGAGAAACUUUGAAUGAGAGCAGAGACCCUGAUCGAGCCCCAGAAAGAUACACCUCCAGAUUUUAUCUCAAAUUCAAGCAUCUGGAAAGGGCUUUUGAUAUGUUGUCCGAGUGUGGAUUCCACAUGGUCGCUUGUAACUCAUCGGUGACAGCAUCUUUCGUCAACCAAUAUACAGAUGACAAGAUCUGGUCAAGCUACACUGAAUACGUCUUCUACCGUGAGCCUUCCAGGUGGUCAUCCUCACACUGUGAUUGCUGCUGCAAGAAUGGCAAAGGUGACAAAGAAGGGGAGAGCGGCACAUCUUGCAACGACCUCUCCACCUCCAGCUGUGACAGCCAGUCUGAGGCCAGCUCUCCCCAGGAGACGGUCAUCUGCGGGCCAGUAACGCGCCAGACCAACAUCCAAACUCUGGACCGUCCCGUCAAGAAGGGCCCGGUCCAGCUGAUCCAGCAGUCGGAGAUGCGGCGGAAAAGUGAUCUGCUGCGGACUCUGACUUCGGGGUCUAGGGAGUCGAACAUGAGCAGCAAAAAAAAAGUUGUUAAGGAAAAGCUCUCCAUUGAGGAAGAGCUGGAGAAAUGUAUCCAGGAUUUCCUAAAGAUAAAAAUUCCAGAUCGGUUCCCAGAGAGGAAACAUCCUUGGCAAUCUGAACUUUUACGGAAGUAUCAUCUAUAG